GCAAGUUGUGCUAAAACGUGGAUUAUAAGAACUGGAAUCUCCUGUUCUUCCCAAAAGAAGGAAACUUUUUACUGAUGAAGGAACUGUGGAAUUAGAAAUAAAAAACUCUCACCACUCUCUAAAGCUCAAAAAGACGCAUGAGAAGUGUCCAGUGAGACGAACCAGUAUGGGGAAAGCUAAGGCAGGAAGUGUUCUUAGUGAUGCCCAUACCCCUUUGAUCUCAGAAGGUACUCUUGUUAAUGUCCCCAUCAUUGAGGAAAUUGACUUUCCGGUUGAUUGGUUCAGAUUUUCUGCUACAUCUACUUUAAACGACUCCACGGUCUCUACUGAAGGCUCUGGUGGCUGGCCUCUCACAGCCACCAAGGAGCCAUGAAUCUUCUUUCAUGGAACUGCUAGGGACUUGGAUUGCCCCUGACAGUUAGCAACCUCAAGGAGGUCAUUUCCAACAAUAAGCCCACUGUUGUUUUCCUAAUGGAGACUCGACAGAAGGCAAUUUACCUUGAUAGAAUUAAGAGGCGUUGUGGUAUGACUCACUCUUGGUACGUUGAUCCUAUUGGCCUUUCUGGUGGUUUGGCCCUUUGGUGGAAAAAUGAUAUCGAUAUUCAUGUUAUUUUCUCCUGCAAAAAUUACAUUCACAUUGCUGCUGCUUCUAAUUCUUGCGACUUUUUAUCUCAAUCUGAGAAACUCGGUGGAAAUCCUUGCUUUGUUCAUAGGAUCCUUAAUUUUCAAAAAUUUGCUGCUGAUUGUGACCUUCUUGACCUCGAAGCCAAAGGUUCACGUUUUACCUGGUGUAACCAACGCAGUAAUGAAGAGUGCAUCAAAGAAAAGAUUGAUCGAGCAAUGGCCAACAAUCAUUUUCGUGAUGCUUUCCCAAAAGCUCUAGCUUUUCACAUAGAUGCUGUAGCAUCUGAUCAUCAUUUUCUUUUGGUGAAUCUCUGCUUCAUUGACAGCAAGACUCCAUUCAAAUUUAGAUAUGAGAUUAACUGGGCUUCCCAUCCUGAUUUUAAAAAUGUAGUUAAAAGAUCUUGGUACUUUGCAGAUCCUGAAGCUUAUGCUGUGGUCCCUCAAUUUAUCUCAUGCUCUGAACGAUGCAGCAAAGAACUUACUGUUUGGAGCAAGAAAGCCUUUCCUAACAAUAGAAAGGCUAUUAAUGAUCUACUGAAACAAAUUGAGGCCUAUGAAGAUGGUGCACUGACUGAGGAUAGUAUACUUACUAUAAAAGCUUUAACUCAUAAAUUGGAGAAUUUUUGGAGAAAAGAGGAAACUUAUUGGUGGCAGCGAUCCAGAGUUAAUUGGAUUGCAUCAGGGAAUCUCAAUACUAAAUUUUUUCAUGCGUCCACUGUUUUAAGAAGACAGAGGAAUUAAACAAUAGAGUUAAAGAACUCUUCUGGUCAAUAGGCGGAAUCCAAGCAAGAUGUGUCCACUCUAAUUUCAAAAUUUCAUUGAGUUGUUUUCUAAGAGCAACACUUCUGAUCUUAACUUGGUGCUAAGCUAUGUCACUCCUCAAAUCACUGAUGCUCAGAAUGAUUGGCUCAUGCUUCCUGUGACUAAGGAAGAACUCAAGCAAGCUGUCUUCCAAUUAGGGCAUCAAAAGCCCCUGGCCCGGAUGGUUUCAAUGGCCAUUUUUACCAAUCUUCCUGGGAAGAGGUAGGUGAUUCCCUUCUUUCUCUCGUUAAUAGCACUUUAUUUAUGGAUGAAUCUCUGGGCUAUUUGAAUAGUACCAAUCUUACUUUUAUCCCAAAGGUGGAUAGACCUGAAAAUGUUAGUCACUUUAGACCAAUUAGUCUUUGUAACUUUGCCUUCAAAGUUAUCUCAAAGAUUAUAGCUAACAGAUUCAAGGUGGUUCUUGAUGAUUGUGUGUCUCCCACUCAAAUGUGCUUUUGUUCCUGGGUGCCUCAUACAUGAUAAUAUUAUUCUUGUUCAUGAAAUCUUCCAUUACUUAGAGUUGAAGAGAAGUGGUAAUGAUUUUGAAUUUGCCUUCAAGAUGGAUAUGAACAAAGCUUUUGGUAGAUUAGAAUGGAACUUUAUUGAGGAGACUAUGGAAAAAGUGGGUUUUUGUACCAUUUGGUUCAAGUGGAUCAUGAAAUGUGUUAAAUGCUCGAUUUUUCAUUUAUAAGUUGCUGGUAAAACUGUUGCUAGCAUUGUUCUUGAGAGGGGUGUUAGACAAGGUGACCCUCUCUCACCUUACUUGUUCAUUCUUGCCAAUGAGGUUUUAUCUGUUAUGCUAAGUGCUCAUACUGACUGUGGUGAUAUUGUGGGCAUAAACUGGUUGAAGAUUGUCCUUUGCUCACUCGUCGUUUUUUUGCUGAUGAUACUGUGCUUUUCCUGAAUGCUAAUAGAGCUAACUGCAGCACCAUCAAAGCGAUUCUCCAUUCAUAUUGUAACCCUUCGGGAUAGCACAUUAAUUAUGAUAAAUCAUCAUUAUUCUUCUCCGCUAAUACACCUACCAAUGUCAAAGAUGAGGUGUCCUCUUUUCUUCAUUUUAACGCCACUGAUGACCCUGGAUCUUAUCUUGGUCUCCCUAUUCUGUGGAGGCGAUCUAAAAUUGCAGCUUUAGCCUAUGUUCAUGACAAGGUUGGUAAGAGAGUUCAUGGUUGGAGAAGCAAAAUGCUUAAUUUUUUUGGUAGGGAAGUUAUGAUUAAGUCAGUUAUUAAUGCAAUACCUAUUUUUCCAAUUACUUGCUUUAAAUUCCCUAAGCGAACCUGCUCUGAAUUGGAUAGCAUGGUUGCUAAUUUCUACUAGGGGCAAUUAGAAAAUGAGAACCACAUUCACUGGCAAGCAUGGAAAAAAGUUUGUGCUCCAGAGAAAGAUGGUGGUCUGGGUUUUUGUGAUUUCAUGAACUUUAAUGAUGCUUUAUUAGCCAAAACAGCUUGGAGGGUUCUCAAUAAUCCUGACCUGCUUUGGGUAAGAGUUCUAAAGGCUAUAUAUUUUCCUUGAUGCUCAUUUUAAGGGCCCCCCAUGGCUCUAAGGCCUCAUGGGCUUAGAGUAGCCUACUCACUGGCCGUGAAUUGUUACUAAAAGAUAUAUGGUGGAAACUGGGUAACGGUAUGCGCAUCAAUGUUUGGAAAGACUCGUGGAUCCCGGGUCUGCCUAGUGGUAAAGCUGUUAAACAAGGUGUAAUGGUAGAUGAAAAUUUGCUUGUUCCUGAUUUAAUACAUAAUGGGAAGUGGAAUCUGUCUUCAAUGGUCCACUGCAUGACCUCCAAAACAAUGUCAAAUUAUGAGCCACAUCCUAUCUAAUGGUGCUCUUGACUCUUUUGCUUGGACAGGAGCAAAGAAUGGAGAAUAUAUUCCUAAACUUGGAUAUAGAUUGGAAUACUACAGGUCUCAUUCUAUAAUCCCAAGAAACCCAAGCUCAUCUUUUUGGCUGCCUAAAUGCUUUUGGAACUGUAUUUGGCAUCUUAAGAUCCACCCCAAGGUCAAGCAGUUUAUGUGGAGAGCUUUGAAUCAGUCUCUUGCAAAAAAGGAUGCCUUGUAUGCCCGCAAGUGUUCUCUCAACCCACUUUGUCCUAUUUGCAAGCAUACUCGUGAAACUGUUGAGCAUCUUUUAUUACUUUGUGGUUGGGUCCAAAAAGUUUAGUUCGGCUGCCCUUCUACCCUUCUUACGGAUCCUUUGCAUAUGUCAUCUUUUAAAUCAUUGUGCUGUGUUUUUCUACUUGAUGAUAGUCCAUUAGAUGACUUUGGUAAGGCUUAUGUUGCUUGUCUUUGCUGGAACAUUUGGAAGACAAGAUCAACCUCUGUAUUUUCUGCUAUGGAGAUCAAUCCGAUCAAGGUCAUUACUGACACAGAUGCUACUGUUAGAGAAUUUUGGACAGUUAAUUACAAGGAAACUGUACCUAAUUCUCCCUCUGCUCACCACAAUAUCAAGUGGAGUCCUCCUGCUCAAGGUAAUAUCAAGAUAAAUUGUGACGGAUCUUUCUCCACCAAUUCUGGCAAAGCAAGCAUUGGUGUUGUUUGCAGGGACUUUAAUGGAAAUUUUCUUAAAGGGUGGGGGAAAUCUGUUCUCGCUAACUCUAGUUUCAUGACACAGUUAUUGGCUUGCUCCAAAGCCAUUGAUAUUGCUGCUGAAUUUCAAAACCAAAAUGUGACUUUUGAAAUGGAUUGCUUGGAACUUUUCAGGGCUAUUACAACUAAAAGUACAGCCUCUUAUGACUGGCUUUAUCAUGGCAUGAUGACAGAUCUCCUGUCUUGUAUUGAGUCAAACACUUUCAUUUCCUUCUCGUUCAUCAAACGUGAGGGAAACGUAGCUGCUGAUUGGCUAGCAGCCAACUCACUAAAGGGUGCGGACCAUCUUGGUUGUCUUACUCAGCCCCCACUCCCUGUUUCACCUUAUCUAUUUGCAUGACUCAGUACCUGAUAGUAGCAUUUGCAUCCUGUGACCAACAAUGAUAGGGAAGGCAUUGGUUAAGGUGGUUAUGAUUUGUAGUUUGCUCUGUAGGUCUUUGCCCCUGUGGCUUAUGACUUUUCUCUUAUGUACUAUCGUUUCACGAAUGAAAUUAUUCCCCAUUGAUAAAAAAAAAAAAAAAAAUCUCUCCCUCUUAA